AUGUCGAAUCCACCUUCUGGCACGCCUCGGGCCAGCAAAUCCGGCAUAGAGACCUCUGCAGAUGGUGCCUCCUACAUUCCGUCUUCGACAAGGGCAGAUGGUUCGACCAGAAAAGAGAUCAGAGUGAGGCCGGGAUAUAGACCGCCAGAAGACGUCGAGACCUACAAGAAUAGGAGUGCCGAAGCAUGGAAGAACAGAGGUCAAGCCGGCGUCCCGGGAGCAGAGACGGUGACUGCGACUAAGAGUGAGGUUUCCACAAUGGGCAAGAAUGCAAAACGCAGGGAGGCGGCGCGGAAGAAAGCAGCCGCGGGAGUGUCAGCAGAGGAUGCAGAAGAUGGACUUUCUUCAGCUAUGCAAAAGACUGAGAUCUCAGAGAGAGAUAAGCACAAGGAGAACUGGGACGAUCCUGCAAAGCUGGCAACUAGUGAGGUAUUGGCGGCCGACGCUGAGAUGGAACAACAGAAGAAGAUUCGCAAUCAACUGAAAAAGUUACGCGCAGUCCGCGAACUGAGAGAAAAGCGGGCGGCUGGCGAGAAGCUGUCGCACGACCAGGUCAUGAAGAUUGGAAAAGAAGGCGAGCUGCUGCGGGAUCUCAAGAAAUUGGGCUACGACGGUCCGGAAUUGCAGGCACUCACAGCUGAUUCUGGAAACGAAGUCGCCGUUCCACCAACUUGA